GCUGCUAGCACGUUGCGGACUAGUAUAGUGAGAACAAUCUUUCCAACAGACAGCUGUACUCAAUCUAAGACACGCCCACGUGCUCGCAUAGCUAGCGGUGAUGUACAAAUUGGGGAGCUUCAUUCCAGCUGCAAAAGUUUGUCAUCAGCUAAGAAGAAGGGGUAUUUUCUAUUUACAAAAUAUAUUGGAGAAGGCGGAGUGUCAAACUGGUACAAACUUUGUUGGAGCAGAUACAAUUGCUCGGGGAUUUAAGAGCACCACCAUCAACCAAAGGAGACUUUCAAUCUCAACCAAUAUGGCUCAGAAGGUAACAAUGAUAUUAGACUGUGACGUUGGUGUUGAUGAUGCUACAGCCCUGAUGAUGGCUUUAGGUCAAUCUAAUGUUGAUUUAAAGGCUAUCACCUGUGUCAGUGGGAAUGUAGGAGUUAACAAGGUGUCCAUCAAUGCUCUUCGAGUUUUACAGGAGUGUAACAGAUUGGAUAUCCCUGUCUAUGUUGGUGCGACAACAAGCAUUAUAGGAACCAACAGAGAUGCUGUGUGUGCACAUGGAGAUGAUGGUCUUGGAAAUAUCCCCAAACCAAAGGCCCCACCCCCUUCAGAUCUGCUCCAAUCAGAACAUGCCGUUCAGGCCUUGAUCCGCAUGGUCAACGAGCACCCUCAUAAGAUAACCCUAGUGGCCAUUGGUCCAUUGACAAAUGUUGCAUUAGCUAUAAGGCUUGAUCCAUUGUUUACAAGUAAAUUGAAAGAUCUUGUCAUCAUGGGAGGCAAUAUCAAAGGAAGGGGCACAGGAUUCUGGACUGCCGAGUUCAAUUUUGGAUUUGACCCAGAGGCUGCUCAUAUCGUCUUAGAAGAAACCAAAUGUCCAACACUCCUAGUACCUUUAGAGACAUGCAUUGACCAUGGUUUAUCAUUGGAUUGGUUUGACGAGCUUGCGUCAAAGGAUUUACCCAGGGCGCAAUUCAUGCAUGCCAUCAACAAACGAUCUACCACUCGCUGUAAGGAAGUCCAGAAGCUACCCACAUAUAUGAACGCAGAUGGGUGCGCCAUGGUGGUUGCGAUCGACAGAGACUCAGUAGAGGAAUCUGUUCAUUCUGUUUGUAAGGUAGAGUUGCAAGGUAUGUUAACAAGAGGACAGGUGGUGACUCAUAAACUCAAUACACCAUGGAUACCUGAGCUGAAGGGAGUGGAGGUUGAAGUUGUGACAAAAUUUAACAUGAAACUCUUUUAUAAGAUGUUGAAUGAUGCUGUCGUCUAGUUUGGUCUGACAUAGCGCCAUUUGCCUAACAGCCAGGGUAUGAGCUUAUGAAAUAGUUACUGCUGAAAUAAAAAGUAUGUAAGUAUAGAAGUAUGCUGUUGAAGCAGUUGUCAUGUAUUCCAUUUCAUCAGCAGAUGCACAUAGCUGAUGAGCUUGAACAGAGUUAUAAUGAUAAUUGGAUUUACGUAUCACUUUUUGCCAGAGGAUACAAGGUGCAACUAUUAUUACCCAGCUUUAGCUUGAGCUACCUCAUCCUUAGAAGUGUUAAGUGCAUUCAAGGAAUUAAUCCCACUUGGUACCCAUUCAUCUCUCCUGGGUUGAGUGCAGCAGAAUGUGGAUCAAUUUCUUGCCAAGUAAAACAUGCCUUGCUUGGGAUUUGAACCCUUGACCUUUUGUUUGAAAGACGAGAGUGAGAAUCACUAGACCAUGAAUAUGGUAGUGUCAACAAAGGUUUUAGGUUUGGCUGAACUUCAGAGUUGAACCAUUGUAAGUCAAUCCUCCAGUCGCUAAGU